AGUGACAUGUCGUUCGGUGGUGAAUAGGCAUUUGAUGCAAAAUAUUUUCAAUUUUUUUCCAUUAUUCGAUUGGUACAUUUGUGUUAAAUAUGUUUUGUUAAGCUCGUUCGUGUAGAUUUACGCAUAUCUGAACUUUGUUUAGUGUUUAUUUUUUAAUUUUUGCACAUAGCCAUGGAUCUCGAAGACAAUGCAAUGGGUUUAACCCCUGAACAAACUGAUAAAAUUCUUCAAUUUCAAGAUUUAACCGGCAUCGAGGAUAUGUCGAUAUGUAGAGACGUUCUGCAGAGGCAUCAGUGGGAUUUAGAGGUAGCAAUACAGGAACAGUUGAACAUCAGGGAGGGGCGGCCAUCGGUGUUCGCGACGGAGGCGCGGGCGCCGCCCGUGGUUCACGACCACAUAGCGCAGCAGGUGUUCACAGACGAGCCGCCGGAGGGCCCAGGCGGCGUACGUGGCCUCAUCAGUUACGUCGUCAACCUAGUCGUGUCCAUGUGCUACAGCACAUUAUCAUCCGUACUGAACUUACUAUUAAGUUUCAUACGUACUGAUGACAGACGAUUGGUAACUGACCCUCUCGGCGAUGUUAUGGGCUUCGUCAACAGCUACACAUCCCGCUACAGCCCUCACCCUGUGUUCUACCAGGGCACAUAUGCGCAAGCUCUUAAUGAUGCUAAGAAUGAGCUGCGUUUCCUCAUUGUGUACCUACACUCUGAGUCUGCUACUGAGACUCAAAACUUCUGCAGGACCACCCUGGCCGACCCAGAAGUGAUCCAAUACAUCAACACGCACGCCCUGUUUUGGGGCUGCAGCAUCGAGAGCGCUGAAGGGUGGCGCGUGGCGCAGUCGGUGGGCGGGCGCCGGUACCCGCUGGUGUGCGUGGUGUGCGUGCGCGACCACCGCAUGACCGUGGUGGCGCGCAGCGAGGGCGCCUGCCAGCCGCGGCAGCUGCUGGCGCGCCUGCGGCAGGUGGUGGCCGACAACGAGCCGCAUCUAGCCGCCGCUCGCGCCGACAGGGUGGAGCGCGAGGUGACGGCCCGGCUGCGCGCGGCGCAGGACGAGGCUUACGCGGAGUCGCUGGCGGCCGACCAGGAGAAGGAGCGGCGCCGCGCCGCCGACCGCAUCGCGCGGCUGCAGCGCGAGAACGAGGACAUCGAGCGCCGGCAGAUGGAGGAGCUCAAGAAACAAGAGCUGGUAGAGGCGCGUGCGAAGAUGGCGUCCCGGCUGCCGACGGAGCCGGCGCCCGGCGUCGAUACCGUGGCGCUGCUGAUCCGCCUGCCGGGCGGGGAGAGGCUCACCCGACGGUUCUCACUCAAGAGCACUACGAAGGACUUGUAUGACUUCGUGUUCAGCCACCCGCAGGCACCAGAGGAGUUUGAGAUCACGACUAAUUUCCCGAAGCGAGCGGUCGCGCGUGGUUCAUUAAACCUCUUCGAAGUUGGCCUUAAAGACCGCGACGUGCUAUUCGUCAACGAUAUCAACGCAUAGACUAGAUACAGGAGUGAUCAGGGCUUGAAGACAAGGGAUUAUAUCACGAGGUAAUAAAGACGGGUUGGCGAUAGUUUCGACAAGGGAAACGGAAAGGUUAAACUCGACCGACUCUUCCUUAGAGCUUGUCCACAAAGGGCGAAUUCGCCGCGAAACGAUUCGCGCGAAAUGAUUCGCGCGUUAGUGAGAUACUAGACAGCAAUACAUCGCGUCCACAAGCAUCGCGCGAAUUCAAAAUACGCGCGUAAAUCGCGUGCACUACGCUCGACUCUCGACUCGCGCUUGAUUCGCGCGUAUUGCGCGCGAGUUGAGAUACUAGGGACGCCUUGUUGCGUCCAGUUAACGCGCGAACUUUAGAGCGAGUGCAAGUAUCGAGGGCAAUGGAGCGCCAAAAUUUUGACACGGAAUUGAAUUCCUCCCCAAAUACUCGCGCGUUGGCACGUACCUUGUGGACGCAACAGUCGCGCGUAAAACGCGCGAGAGAAUCGCGGCGAAUUCGCCCUUUCUGGACAAGCUCUUAUUUUGUUUCCAGACACUUUUUGUUUUUUAGGGAGGGACCGAAAUCCAGGAACGGCACUAACAAUCGUUGGGCACUAAGGGGUGCCGUAGCACAUGGUUGAGGUAUUAUGUUAGUGCCCAUACUCUACUGGAUAAGUUAGUGCCGGCCAUGUCGAAAAUCUGAAGUUUUACAGAGAUAAAUUAACCUCAUAAGCAGUUUAUAUUUAUGAAUGUCAACUUGUUAAAACCAAUCGUAUCCUACACGAAUAAUAACUUGUAUUGGCAAUUUGUUUAUUAUGUAUACUUACCUAGGUAAGUACAAGUCAAUAAGUAUAUAGAAGAGUUUGUAUAAAAUACAGUUUUUCCAAUCAUUUUGCACUGUUACCUCACAGAAAAUAUAUCUAGAAAUAGAUAAAAAUAUUAUAGAUCCUACAUUGAACAUUAGUUAUAAAACGUAUACCUGUCAAUUUUAAAGCAUUCUAAGGAUAUCCUUAAGAAUAUAUCAAUUGGGAUUUGGUUAAAACUUGCCACCUUUGAGUCACCUAGUAAUCUUUUGAUGCUUCGGUUGAAUUUAGUAUUAUUCUUGGGUAACUAUGCAAUUCUCCACAAGUGAACUACAAUAUGAUUCAAGCCCUGUUUCUGUCCGAUACUCUAUUUGUAUUUUUUAUACAUGACUUAAAAUUGACAAGGGUGUGGAAUGUGGUAUGAAUAACUCGUUAUUGCGUUUGGUCUUCGCUCGGACAAUUUUUUUGCGGUACCCUAAACGUUUAGACAAUUUUGGGAUAUCACUACUGACUUGUUUGUUAAUUACUAAUGCAAUACUUUUGUAUGUGAACUUUUCAUAAAGCGAUUUAAAAAACAAUUAAGUAUAAUGGAUGUGACAGAUUAGGUCGCCCUCGACAGGGUCAUACUAAUUUUGUACUUAACUAUUUCCAGUGGUGGAUGCGUGACUACUUGCCAACUUAUCUCCAAUACCAUCAUGUGAAGUAGCCACACUAAACCACACAAGAUUAUUGUAAAAUAAUUUUAAUUAUUGUUUCUUAUAUUUUGAAGUUUUGUUUACCUUCGAUCAGUACCAUACGUGUAUAAGGUCGAAAUCAUGCAAUUAUUUAUAAUUAUUAUAAAUGUUUUUGUUUCUUUUGGCAAAUGCUCAAAAAUAAGUCUAUUAUAUCGUUUCGGCAAAAGAUAGAAAUUUUAUUUUUUCUCGAGACCUCCUAUGUGGAGUCCUGUAAUAUAAACAAUUGUGUAGGUAUCAAUGAUAUCAUGCCAAUCUUAAUAAAUGUGCUGGACAGAAAUACUACAUUGUUGAUUUUGACAUAUCAAUUUCGACCAUUCAUAGUAGCAUCUUCUUCACAAAAGAUUAUGAUGUUUUGUUUGCCUGUCCACUUUCUUUUUUCAGGUUCUUAACUAAAUAUAGUUAUAUUUUGUAAGUUGUGAUUGGUAUACUAUAAGUAGCACUAGAUAAAUCAAGGAAGCUUGCUGCUCGACAUAUUCGGGCCGUUCAAUCGAGCAAUAUCUGUAUCUUUAUUUUUGUAUACUGCAUUUGUCACUCAUUUAGUUGAAGCUGUUUAGCCUGAAAACAAAAUCAGAAUACUCAUUGUUCCUUUGAUGCGACUGGAGGGUUCUUGUAUAUAAAUUUACGCGGUCAUUUAUUUUGAUUUUGAAUUCGCCAGUCAAGUAUAGCAUAAUGAGACAAUCUGGCGUGGCGUUUGUCAGGACGUUCAUAGUUGUCGAGUAGCAGUAACAUUGGCCGUGCAUUUUGUUUGUUUUCAUUGGAGACACAAGUUCUGUGAUCGCGUACCUUGUGCGUCAUUGUGCGAGGUACGCCAGGUGCGGUGCGUCGAAUAACGACUUCGUGCAUUUAUUUGAGGACGGACUGUGUAUUAUAAUUUUUAUGUUUUGUUGUAUAAUAAUAAAUAAUGUUCCUUCCCUA